CGAACAUGUCUUACAAAAUCAUCUCCUUCGCCGCCAUCAUCGCCGUAGCCCGGGCCGGUCUCAUCCCCGAAACCUACCAGGCUCCGCUGCAAUACGCCGCCCCCGCCAUCGCCAAAGUGGCCUACUCCUCCGCUCCCGCCGUCUCCUACUCCAGCAUCUCGGCACCUGCAGCCUACGCCGCAGCCCCUGCCUACAAAGUAGCCGCUCCCGUCGCCUACGCCGCCCCAGCCUACAAAGUAGCCGCCCCGGUAGCCUACGCUGCACCAGCCUACAAAGUAGCCGCUCCCGUCGCCUACGCCGCACCAGCCUACAAAGUAGCCGCCCCGGUAGCCUACGCCGCACCAGCCUACAAAGUAGCCGCCCCCGUCGCCUACGCAGCGCCAAUUACCAAGACCAUCAUCGCCGAGCAGGAAGCCCCAGCUAACUACGACUUCGGCUACGCCGUCAACGACCCCCACACCGGCGACAGCAAGAGCCAGCAGGAGUCGCGCCACGGGGAUACCGUCCACGGCAGCUACUCGCUCGUCGAAGCCGACGGUUCCAAGCGUACCGUAGAAUACACCGCCGACGCCCACAACGGUUUCAACGCCGUGGUGCACAAGGAACCCGCCGCCGUCCACGUCAAAGCCGUCGCUCCCGUAGCCUACGCUCCGGUAGCUAAGGUCGCCGCUCCUUUGGCUUACGCCAAAGUAGCCGCCCCCGUGGCUUACUCGAGCUACCCCGCCGCCUACGCCCAGAAUGCUUACUACCAUUGAGAUUGAUAGUCGACUUUCCUGUUGUGCCGCUGUAAAUAAUUCUAAAUUAUUCUUGUAUUAAAG